CUUUGGACAUUGGACAGUUGGACCUUAUCCCGGAGGAGACCGCAGCCGCCGCCGUCGCAGCGGGCGAGAAUGGAGGCCGCCGGCUUACGGCUGCGCGCCCUCGGCCUGUGCCGCGGCAACCGGGGAGCGUUCCCCGCCGCGCAUGGCGGCGGCGGCGGCCGGCUCCACCCCCGCCGCCCGCGCCUCGCGGGCGCCUUCUGCUCCCUUGCUACGACCGGCAACGGAGCCGCCGCCGCCGUUGGACCCGUCGGGAGCGGCGCCGAGGUCGCGCGCGCCAAGAGGAUGCUUCACGUGGUGCUGGUCUCCCCUCUGAUCCCGGGAAACACUGGAUCGAUUGCGAGGACAUGUGCUGCGUCAGCAGUUGGGCUGCAUCUUGUCGGGCCAUUAGGUUUUAAGGUAGAUGACACGAAGCUGAAGCGUGCUGGAUUGGAUUACUGGCCAUAUGUUGUUGUCAAGAUUCAUGACUCCUGGAACGAGUUCCGAGAUUAUUUCAUGAAGCAGGAUGGAGAAAAACGGUUACUGGCAUUUACCAAAAGAGGCACGAGCAUUCAUUCAGAUUUCUCAUAUAAGCCUGGGGAUUGGUUAGUAUUUGGCUCUGAGACGAAAGGUUUACCACAAUCUGCCCUUGAGGACUGCUCUAGAGAAGGCCUAGGUGGUGGAACUAUACGAAUUCCAAUGGUGGAAACCUAUGUCCGGUGCCUAAAUCUUUCUGUUAGCGUCGGAGUAGCACUGUACGAGGCAGCUAGACAACUCAACUAUGAACAGCUCCAUUAUCAGCCGGAGCUCCCGGAAGAAGCGCAAGGACUAUUCCCUGCCGAGGACAUUUAUGCAUGAGAACACCUACUUGAAUUUUUCAUGGUACACUCGUAAGAGUUGACACACUGUUGCUUCUGAAUUGAAUGCCUCAGAUCCUACCAUGUGAUUUUUACUUGCGAACAUUUCAUUUGGAGCAGGACGAUAUCAUGGGAUUCCCUUGCAAAUUCAACCUGUUCAUUGUCGAGGUAUUAUUUACAUGUUGUAUUUCAAAAUGUGAACUGGACCCCUGAAUCCCUGAUGUUGUGGUCAAAGAAUCAUUUUCAUUAGUUUCAUAUAUACUGGUUGCAGUCAGAAGGUAAUUAUCUAGGAGUAUGAUAGUAAGAUGGAGCCUCUUCUGACUUGUCCCACACUGAGCUGUGCACUUGUACUGAAACAAUUAGUUUGUCCAUUUGCAUGCAUAUGCAUAGUUGUUUCAUUUCUGUUAAAUCUGGUGACGAGGGUUGGUGAAGAACUUCACUGCUAUUUAAAA